UUGGUCUCUGAAGCGAGCGCGAUUCAGCCCGUUGUCUUCUAGAUAGUCCUAAAAUAGAUACUCGCCCAAAAUUUCCUACGUCGAUAGUGAUUUCUGCAACUUCUCGCGGGGACCACCGCAUCCCGGAAUAGAGGAAGCGUGACCUGAGCAGUUUGAGGAAAUGGAAAGUCUAAGAAAGAAAGUGCCGUUGGUUUCGCGCUGCCUUAUCUGAAUUGAAGUGAAAAUCUAGUCAAUUUAGCGUGUUUGAGAUGCUUUACCGCGCUUCCAUAAAGUACAGAAAUCGGAGCAUUUCCUUUUGAACGACCGCCAGUGGAAUUUUGUUAACAUGCUGCACGAAAAUAAGUUAAAAAUACCCCACGCGAGCGUUUUAAGGCAGCCUAGAUUCCGAGUUCGCAGUGCAUGCACCUACAACGCCAAAACAGAAAAAUGUCCACCCAACUGACACCAUUCACAACUGCAAUCGUUUUAAAAUUAAACCAAUUAUUCAAUUAGUUUGCCUGAAAACGAAAUUUCGAGCAAUUGUUCUUAUGAAAAAUGUUUCAAUUUCUCGUAUUAGAACGUUCAAAAAUAUUUUGCUAGGCAACGAGGAAUUAUUCGGUCUGCGACCAGACACCGCUCGCAAAACAGAAUAAAACUCAACUUUCUGGCAAAAUUCCAAACAAUGUAGAAAGAAUCAAAUCAUCUAUGAAAUUUUUGUGCAUAUUUAAUUACAUUAAAAAUCAUUCGCUUAACGGCCGUUGUGAAUUUAUUGGGAAGUGUGUAAUCUUAUGUUGCGGCUACUGUGCCAAUGAGUGAUAUCUUGCCGGCGGCUCAGUGAAAUGAAAAGUGAAGAUUUGUGAUUUACAUAAUCAAAGCGUUUUAGAAAACAAAAUUGAAUGAAAUGUGAAUCAAUCAAAUGAGUGAUUACUUCAAUCAGUAAUUCCAAAAAAAAAUUAAAAAAGUCAACCCCGACGACCGUGACAGGACUCGAACCUGCAGUCUUCGGAUCCGAAGUCCGACGCCUUAUCCAUUAGGCCACACGGUCACAUCAGCACAGUAGAGAAAAUGACUACAAAUCGGAAACCACCCGGUGUUAUUCACAAGAUAAGAGAGUUCGAAUUAGAAAAAAUCCACUUGGCCGAUGAAUUCGAUAUUCUCCAAAUUGUUGGUGAAGGAUGGUUCGGCAAAAUUUUACUGGUAGAACAUCGAGCGACAGACACAGAAAUGGUUUUAAAAGCGUUACCAAAACCAUAUGUUUCCUUACGAGACUUUUACAGGGAAUUCCACUACGGUUUACAUUUGGGUGUCCACAAGAAUAUCGUCACAACAUACGAUGUAGCGUUUGAAACGGCUGGCUUUUAUGUUUUUACCCAAGAAUACGCACCUUUGGGUGAUUUAACUUCGAAUGUUACUGAUUCGGGUAUUGGUGAACUGCAUAGUAAAAGGGUAGCAAAACAAAUAGCUUCGGCUUUAGAUUAUAUGCAUUCUAAAGGAAUAGUACAUAGAGAUGUGAAACUAGAUAAUGUUCUCAUUUAUAAGUCUGACUUUUCCCGCAUAAAACUAUGUGAUUUUGGCGAAUCAUAUAGAGUUGGAACAAUAGUAGAACGACGGAACGAAUGGCUCCCAUACAGCCCUCCAGAAGUAUUACGAAUACAACCAGAAGGGAAUUAUAAAGCUGAUACUAGUCACGAUGUCUGGCAAUUUGGAAUUCUUAUUUUUGUAUGCCUAACCGGUUGUUUACCUUGGCAAAAAGCAGGACCUGAUGAUCCUCGCUAUGUCUCUUACAUCGCUUGGCAUUCAACAAAUAUAGUGCUUCCAUUCCGAAGAACCCCAAAAUUGUUUAAACUGCUUUCAUCGAAAGGAUCACGUUUGUUUCGGAAAUUCUUAGAGCCACGUGAAGAAAGACGACCGAAGAAUUUAUCAGAAUUGGCCAGUUUUAUGGAUGAUCGGUGGCUAUCGAAAGGUGCCGAAAAAAAUCUUGCUGAAAAUGAACAAGAUGAACUUUGCGCAUCUAUGUAUUCCUUCCAUAGUAGUCCUGAAGAGAAGAACAAAUUGUUAGCUACGUUAGCUGAAUACGGGAUUGAAACAACGGUGGAUAGAGUGGCCAAGAAAAAUAGAAUCAAAGACUGGAUUGAAUCCUCUGUGAUUACUGAAGAGGACGAGGAUGAAGAUUCUAACAGCACCGCUUCAUCACCCACGAUAACUCGUGAGCCCGUACCCGGUCACAUAUCUUCUAUCCGGGCACAAGAAGCGAAAAAACAAAUCAAUACAACCCUUAAAGAUGCCUCCCAAAAACAUUUCGACCCAAGAACGGGAGAAGUGCAAACAGGCCCCAGCGAAAUGGGUGCUGUAACAGUUGCAAGUCGGACAACCCAAACCGUAGUUAACCCUGCGUCCAAGGUUCCCAAUGGUAAAAAUGGAAGCUUUGAUAACGGAAGUGUUGUAACAUUAGCAAGUCGAAAUGACCUAAUACUGAGCGAGGGCCAAUCGUAUCAAUCAAAUCUAAACCUAACCCUGCUAGACGAAGAUAUUGAUAUUGAUACGGCAGCAGAACCGAUGGUAAUUGCUUCUCGUCAUCAGCAGAAAAUCAAAGAGCAGCAGCUUAAUCACCAGAAUAACCUCGCUGCGUUUUCAAAUAUGUUUCUUUACGAUGACUAUUUGCCGCGAUCUAAUCCAAACUCUAAUCCAGCUAAUCCGGCUCUAUUUUAUCGAAAUUAUGAUCAUAUUAAUAAAAGGUAUUCAGCGUCAGAGCUUCAUGUUAAUUAUAUGGGCAAUAGUAAUCUUAGCAAUGCAACUGUAGCGUCUAACAACAGCAAUUUUGGCUACUACAAUAGUUUUAGUUUUAACAAUAGCUUUGAUGCUCCCGUGGCGGAGUACAAAUCCCAGUCGGGACACUUUCAAUCAGUUGCAAAUAUUUCAGUUCCAGAGAACGAUCAUCAACGUCUUCCAACCGUACCGAUCAAAGAUGUUAACGUUGCUGCAAGGGAAAAAGUAAAAAUGUCUUCGGAUGGGAUCAAUAAAAGCUCAGAGUCACCGGUACGGGCGGUGAAUGGUCAGGUUAGUGAAACGAAGAACAAUGCGGUCCAAAUGAUCAAUAAUAAUAGUAGGCCUGAUAUCAAACCCAAUGUAAAUGGAACAGCGUCUACGAUGAAAUUUGUUAAUAGUAAAGUCUCGGUGCCCUCAUAUGCGGGAAACCAGUAUCCUAGCAACCUCAGUUCAAUGAAGGACACACCAUAUGACCGUAUAAAGGUUAAAAAGGUGAAUAAAAGGGUAUGAAAACUGAUUUUCGAAAAAAAUAAGCAAUAUACGUUAAUAAAGCUAAUAUCUUUUGUACAAG